AUGGACCUCGGUUCCCUCGAACUGAAACAAUUCCCGAAUGAAGCCUCUCUCUCUGCCGUGACCAAACAGAUUCUUUCGGGUCUUAACUACCUACAUAAUCGUAACAUUGUUCAUCUUGAUAUCAAGCCUGCCAAUCUCCUACUUAACUCUCAAGGCCGGGUGAAGAUAGCGGAUUUCGGGACUUCCCAAAUCCUGGACUACAAAUCUGUGGAAACAUGCAAACUCUCCUCCGCAACGGAGGAAUACAUGAGCCCUGAGAGGAUCCAGGACCUCCUACUGCCCAAGGCCCAUGCUUAUGCCGGGGAUAUAUGGAGCCUCGGGUUAACCAUCUGGGAGUUAUAUGUGGGUGAGUAUCCAUUAGGUGAGCGCUUAAGAGGAAACUUGCGCGCUGUCAACAAAGCCAUUUCCGAGUGGGAGUCCAGGUCUCCAGUGAUGCUGAUGCCGGACACCACUUCGCCCGAGUUAAGAAAUUUCAUUGGCGGUUGCUUGGAGAUAGAUCCUGAGAAACGGUUGACCGUUAGGGAUCUGUUGGGCCACCCCUUCAUUUCGCGGUGUCCUCUGAUCUGA